AUGGAGAAGACUUGCGGCCAGACAGCCGCGAAAUUAUUCAGCUCGUUUUUCGGCAGUGAUUUUGGCGUUGAGACCUGGUGUAAGGACGUUCCGGCUUGGAGCACAGCCGGAGCAGUGUAUGACUAUAUCAUGCUCUGGACCCCGUUCGUGGCAUUUUUGUCGCAUAUUCUCGUGGCUUACGCUUCUUACGUCCUGGGUCAUUCUUGGGGCACCUUUUUCAUGUCCAGCGAGACGGAGGAACAUGAAUUCACAACGGAUCAAAUUCAAGAGCGCAGACAGAUUCUUCAAGAGCAACUCGCGCUAGUUCUCGAUGAUUUGAACAAUGACAAGAGGAAGAUUUUCGAUUUGGAUGCUGAGUUUGAGUUUUCAAAGCAAGAAAUUCCGUCGUUGCAGAAUCAAAUCAAGCAACUUCAAGAGGAGAUCGAUUUCCUCCAGGAAAAACUCGACAAGUUGAGGGAAGACCGACUGGAGCUUCACAAGCGAUUCUACGGAGGAAUCAAUGACAUCGCAAAUAUGCAGAAAAUCUUGGAGCCUCAAGCGCUAGACAACGAAGCAGCUAAAGAGCUCAUCCGGCGUAUUUCAAAUAUUGAGGAUACAAUUUCAUCCUUCCACGAUGCCAUGCGAAACCAAAACCAUUCUUUCAGAAAACGGGAUUGA